AUGAGUCUGGAUGAAGAUGCACGCUGGCUGGAGUGGGUGACAAAGCAGUUUGAGAGCAUUGCUGGAGAUGACAAAGAGAUCGACCUGGAUGAGUUCAAAACUGCUCUCAAGGUGAAAGAGUCUUUUUUUGCCGAGAGGUUUUUUGCUCUGUUUGACUCUGAUGGCAGUGGUUCCAUCAGUCUGGAUGAGCUCCUGAAAGCUCUCAACCUCCUUAUCCACGGAAGUGAGACAGACAAGCUCCGCUUCCUCUUUCAAGUCUAUGACGUGGAUGUUCAUCACUGUAAUUAUUCGAUAUUCAGGCUAGAUCUGCAGUCAGAGACCAUAAAACACAUAUGUAUUGUAGGUAGUGGCUCCAUUGAUCCAGACGAACUGCGCACUGUACUGAAAUCAUGUUUGCGAGAGAGCGCUAUCUCUCUGCCUGAGGAGAAGCUGGAUGAUCUGACGCUGGCUCUGUUUGAGUCGGCGGAUAAAGACAACAGCGGUUCCAUCACAUUUGAGGAGCUGAAGGCAGAGCUGGAGAACUUCCCAGAGGUCAUGGAAAAUCUAACUAUCAGUGCUGCUAACUGGCUUAAGCCACCUGACUUGGAGCAGAACAGAAGACAAACUCCCCGUUAUCUGACACGAGCUUAUUGGCAUAACAACAGCCGCAAGCUUCUCUUCCUCUGUGCCUACACAUGCCUCAACAUCCUCCUCUUUAUCGUGGCCAUGCUCAAGAACGCCUCAGGGGGGGUUUGGUUCAUGGUGGCCAAAGGCUGUGGGCAGUGCCUCAAUCUCAACUGCACCUUCAUCAUGGUGCUGAUGUUGAGGCGCUGUAUUACCUGGCUGCGUGCAACUUGGGUGGUGAGAGUUCUGCCCCUGGACCAGAGUAUUCUCCUGCAUCAGAUUGUGGGUUAUGCCAUCUUAAUCUUCACCAUUGCGCAUACCACUGCCCACGUCAUGAACUUUGCUCACCUGUCAGAGAGGGAUGGUACCUAUAAGCUGUGGGAGUACCUCCUCACCACGCGGCCUGGGAUUGGCUGGGUGAAUGGCACCGCCUCAGUCACUGGGGUUGUUCUACAGGUCAUCAUCAGUCUCAUGGUUGUGUGCUCCAGUACCUUUGUGCGACGCAGUGGACAUUUUGAGGUGUUCUAUUGGUCCCACCUCUUAUACAUCUGGGUGUGGAUUCUGUUGGUGGUCCACUGUGCCAACUUCUGGAAGUGGUUUGUUGUGCCUGGUGUGGUGUUCCUUGUGGAGAAGUUGGUGGGCAUAGCCGCGUCACGCAUGGGUGGACUCUACAUCAUCGAAGUCAACUUACUACCCUCCAAGGUGACCCAUCUGGUGAUCAAACGACCGCCCUUUUUCCAUUUCAAACCUGGAGAUUAUGUUUAUAUCAACAUUCCAGUUAUCGCCAAGUAUGAGUGGCACCCUUUCACCAUUAGCAGUGCUCCUGAACAACAAGAUACUUUAUGGCUCCAUGUACGCUCCAUGGGCCAGUGGACCAAUAGACUCUUUGAAUAUUUCAAACAGUCUGAGAACCAAGUAGUCAGUACCAAGAGGCUGACAGCAAGCCUGAGGGACAGACGUCACCAGAGAAGAGCGCAGUUGUCUGCUAAACUGAGCGAUAAUCACAGGUACUGCAACAUCAAGUGCUAUGUAGAUGGGCCCUUCGGCACACCAACACGUCAGAUCUUUGCCUCAGAACAUGCAGUGUUAAUCGGAGCUGGCAUUGGGAUCACUCCCUUUGCCUCUAUUCUGCAGAGCAUUAUGUAUCGCUAUCGCAUGAGGAAACAGAACUGCCCAAAUUGCAACUACUCCUGGUGUGAGACCAUCAAAGACAAUGAGAUGAAGCUCAGGAAGGUGGAUUUUAUUUGGAUCAAUCGAGACCAAAAAUCCUUUGAGUGGUUUGUGAGCCUACUGACAAAGUUGGAGAUGGACCAAGCUGAUGAGGAACCAGAAGGUCGUUUUUUAGAGAUGCACAUGUACAUGACCUCAGCCUUGAGUAAGAACGAUAUGAAGGCUAUAGGGCUUCAGAUGGCACUGGAUCUACUUGCCAAAAAGGAGAAGAGAGACUCCAUCACUGGCCUCCGCACUCGCACUCAGCCAGGCAGACCUGAAUGGGGCAAGGUCUUCCAGAAGGUUGCAGAGGAGAAAAAGGGGAAGGUCCAUGUGUUCUACUGUGGCUCUCCUGCUUUGGCCAAGCUAAUAAAGGCUCAGUGCGAGCAUUUUGGCUUCAACUUCUACAAAGAGAACUUCUGA